ACAAGACAUCCAAGAUUCCACAGUGCUACCUGGGUAGUGAAAGUCCUGUGCCUCGGUCUUCUGAAAAUAGACUAGAGUCGAUCAUUCUUCGUCUAGACGUCAAAUCGCUAUUGCCCGCAGAAAAUUAUAGCCCCAAUCUCUACAUUGCUUUACCAACCAAAGAAGUAACAUUAAACUAGCUGUUGGGAAUGGAACCACUAGGCCAGUUUUUGAUGUUUGGGGACAGCAUCACACAAGGUUCACAUGAUCAGUCCAGAGGGUUUGGAUUAGGCGCGGAGUUACAAGCAGCAUAUGUGAGAAGAUUAGAUGUCAUUAAUCGAGGCUUUUCUGGAUAUACCUCAGACCACGCCCUUGAAGUAGUAGCUAAAGUACUCCCAAAUCCAUCCCAAGCUCCAAUCAAGUUCCUCACGAUAUGGUUCGGCGCCAAUGAUGCCAACAAGAAUCUUGAACAGGGACAAUUUGUCCCGGCAGACCGCUUCAAGCAAAAUCUCAACCAGAUCGUAAACCAUCCAGCAGUGAAAGCGCACUCGCCACACAUCAUCUUGCUUACGACACCACCAUUCGAAGAGAAUGUAUUGCAAAAAUUCCAAGAAGAUUGGGGAUAUGCCGGAGAAGUUCGAAAAGCAAAAGAUGCAGCCGAAUAUGCUGAACUUGUGCGAGAGGUGGGGAAAGAAACAGAUGUUGAUGUUGUGGAUGUAUGGACAUUAUUCAUGGAGAAGGCUGGUUGGAAAACAGGAGAGCCGUUACCAGGCUCGAAGGCAAUGGGAAAGAAUGAAGUACUGGCUGAUCUGUUAUAUGAUGGAUUGCAUAUAAGUCCAACAGGGUAUAGAGUUGUCUUUGAUGCAUUGAUCAAAUUAAUCAAGGAGAAGUGGCCCGAGUACCGGCCAUACAAGAUGCCCUUCGUGACGAAAGUGGCUUGGGAAAUCGAAUUGGGUGAUCAGAUGUGGGACGUGAAGAACGACGCAUUAUAGACUAGGAUUCAGCGACACUAGAUCCUUAGAAAAGGGAGCCAAGAAUUUCGGCGGGGGUAAUUAAGUGUACCCAAUUGGAUCAGAGGUACCUUUGAAAUGAUUUGUUCGACCUGGGAUCCUAGAAUUUUGACGAGGCUGGACAAAGAAGCUUGACAAUGUAAAGAAGGACACUUUCGAAUAGAUCGCCAUUCUUUGAGACAUUCAAUGAAUGAUUCUUC